AUGACUUGGGGCGGCGGCCUCUACCUCAAGGAUGGUGAGAUUGAGUCGACUUCACCACUCUCAGGAGAUUCCAGCGUUUCCACUGAGGCUACCUCGAUCUCUUCGAACGAUUUGCUGUGUUCGAACGAUGUAGCUACCACGCCGAACCAAUUCGAUGCAGUCAAACUCCCACCAACAGCACCAAGAAAUUUCCAUCUCGAAUCCGAGUUCAACAAGAGCGAGUACACAAUUAUUCAAUCUCCUAUCAGCCUUUCACCACAGGGUCUAAGCAAUUCGAGAUCGAGUAUUGACCUGCGAUUGUAUUCACUGUCGAAACACAUCAAACACAUGUACAGAGCUGUCCCAUCCUAUCCAGCCAAUCAUGUCAAGAGUGGGAGUGGGAGAGACGAGGCUCCGCAAACGCAACCUGGCAAGUGCAACAGCAUCUGCGCCAGAGCACCCGAAAUGCCGGCAACUUGGGAGAACGCCUACAGUCACUUGACGUGGCAACGCAAAGCCUCACCAUUUGUCUCCUUCUUUACCAACUUCGAAAUUGCACUACGAUGGAAGGACGACUUCCUUGCCAGGGGUGCAGAUCGCGUCCGCGUUUUCUGUUUUCACACCGAGCAGCUUGAGUCGCUCUUGGAUGCAAAGUUGCUGGCCGAUAAGCUCGGGAUCACUGAGCUUCCGAAAGUAGGUACGAGGCAUGACUACGAGUGUCUUGUAUGGCGCUGGGUACCUGGGGAUGACUGUGCCGGUGUCUACGAGUUUCCGAAGAAAUUGACUGCAUACUGA